AUGGACAAGAAUAGCAUUAGCACAGCCUUUUGCUUUAUACCGGAGUCUGAUGCUUCGUUUGAGGUGAGAUGUGCAGCUAUUAAUAACGAGAAGCGGCUAUUAGCAACUGGAACAGAGCAAGGUGUGAUAAUUCUAUGGGAAAUUAGUUCUUCCGAUAGAAAGUAUAGUAAUUGCACGCGGUCAUUAAGCAGGUUCAAGGAGAUUUAUGAGAAAGCAAACAAUUUGAAGCUGACGCAAAAGUUCUUGCUCAUCUUUAAUAACAACUCAGUUGCGUUUCCGGUCAUUCAAGUUGAGUUUGCGGCUGGCUCUAGCCUAUCAUUUGCGCCCAAAGAUGGCUCACAUUCUCCAAAUUGCUUCAAUGGAACGCAGCCGGCGGAAGAAAUCCUCUUGUCCUUACAUGAAGACAGUACAGUCUGUGUAUGGUCAUUGACAAAUUAUCGGUGUUUACACAAGGUGAGGGGACCUCCAUUCACGAUCAACAAAAUUUUGGUUUUACCAGAUCGUAGAUUUAUCGCAUUGGUCGGUGACUAUAAGAUAAAUAUAAUUGACGCAUGGAAUAUAAAGCUAAUAGAAACAUUAGAUAUUUCAAAAGAGCAUAAAUCGGCUCAAUUGAAGGUUACAGCAGAUAAUCGUAGUAGCGUGCUUACCACGGAAUCAGAUGAUCCAUCGCUUGAAGGAUUUUCUAGCACAGGACCGAAUAAAGUUCCAAAGAUAGUAUCAGUAAAGUGUGGUUGCGCACCUUCAAUCCUUAGUUUUCGGCAUGGCAUUCCAUUUCAAAAUGAAGAUGAGGCCUCCUUAAAGGAUAUUGGAAAGACAAAUUCUUGCCCAUUAUUAAUAGCCAUUUUAUUGGAUAACCAUGAUAUGCUAGUUUUGGACUUGACCGUGCGUAUAUCGCAUUACAAGAUUUUGGAUGGUUCAUCAAAUGGUUCCAUUAGGAUUAUUUCGGAAUGGGAUAUGUGUUAUGGUCACAAGGCAAAAAUAACACCGGAAAGAAAAGGCACUUUAAAGAGAAGUGGCACUUCUAGAGGUCGUUUUGGUAUUAAUGCAGCACGUGAGCAUAUUUUUGAGCUUGAAAAGGAGGAAGGUCAUUUAUGCAUGAUUGAUCGUUUCAUCUUUCUUUUGAUUGGUUAUCGCAUUUUGGUUUGGUAUUACGAGUUUGAUGGCGAAUUAAUAAGGACUGCCGAGAUUUUGAGUUUUUCCGACUCAGAAUUUAGCCCUAGAACAGAAAGUUGGUUUGGACUCAAAUGUUUAAGGGUAUACAACGAUGCUAACUUGUUACUCGCAUGGUUGAAAAAUGGAAAAGCGCGUAUGUUUAUGAUUCCUAAACGUAAUGCAAAGCGUCAUUUUUAUCCUGUAAAAACCAUUAGGUUUCCUCCGUUUUCUCAAUCAAUAAAAUGCAAUCAUGACAUAUGUUUUUUAAUUGAUGAAAAUCUUUGCAACUAUGAUUUGAUGGAUCUAGGUGAUUUCCCACUUACUGUUUUUGCACUUUACACAAAUAACGGACAAAUAACCUACGGUAAGAAUGACUUUAAGCUUUGGAGUAGGAUGAAAAACACCCUAAGAAUCGGCUCAACUUUAGCGCAUAAGGAUAGGGUUUGUUCAGUUUCCAUUGUUGAGAGAAAUGGAGUCAUUAAUAAGAUUGAGCUUCUUUCGAAUGGGAUGCUUCGUUGCAUAAAUUUGACCGAUUAUAGAAUUGAAUAUAUGACAUCGCCUAAUGCAGUCGUCUCAUUUUUAAGUUCAAUUAAUCAAGAUAGAGUAUUUAAUCAAUUUUUUGCCAGUUACAGAAUCAGCACUCCAGUAAAAAAAUUUGAGAAUGAUUUUGAGGCUGAUACUAGUCGUUGGAUUUUGCAUUCUGUAGGAAAUAAUUUUUUGGUUAUUGCUAUGGAUAAUGGAGGAAUUACAAUUUAUGCUUUGAGUACGUUGGAAAUAUACUUGUUUUUGAAUAAAUGUCAUACAUUUCCUAUAAGGUCUGUUCACAAUGUCUAUUCUAUAGUAUCUAUUGGAGAAAAAUCUAAGGAAUCUGAUUUGGUUGAAUUACCGGAUUCCUUUGCUUCUUUGGAUUCUUCUGGAUCAUUGGUUUUGUUUAAUAUAUCUCAAUUUGUUGGCCAUUGUUUCAAUUACCAAAAUAUUCCGUUUCAAAUCCCAGAUGAUUCAAUAUAUUCUGAAGCUAAUUCUAAGGAUAACCAUUGCACGGAAUAUCUGCACCAACAAAAUCUUAUUUUCCAUUCUGAAAGUUCUAGAGGGUUACAUCGUAUGGAUAGCACUCGCUUUUUGUUCAAUGUUGAUAUAGAUAAAAUUUUCGUUAACAAUGAGAGAGAUUUGCUUUUUGUUCUGACAAAGGCCCAUGUACUUUUAUGGAGGAUAACAACUGGGAGUUUUUUGAGACGUUUUCCACAGCUUUUUCUUUACAGGAGAGCUAUCUUCUUGUCUACGUCAAAGACCAUGUCCCCUUUUGGACAGUUAAAAUCUAGCAUGAGCUUUGCUGAUACGAUAACUUCACUCCUGUCAAACAAGUGGCAAACGGAAACUUCAGAUGAUACAAAGGGUGGAAAUGUUGAUAUUAUGAAAUCACUUCCUCCAAAUUAUCUUCUUUCCCUGUCUCUAUUUUCUGAUAAGCGCAAAAGAAAAAGUUUAAUAUCACCACUUUGUAUUUCUUUUUUAAACUUGCAUUUUAAAGGUUCGAAAAAGUUUACAUUUUUAUCUAAAGCAAAGUGUUCACGUGCUAACCAUAGGAGAUUUCUCAUAGAUAGUGGAAGAGCAUUUUCUAAAGUUAGCAAACGAUAUGUUAAGGCAAGAGAAGUUGAUUUUUCAGAUUUACGUGAUGAAAAAAUUACUAAAGCAACACCUUUCGUUAUAUUUCCAUUAACCAAUGUAUUAUAUGAAAAUCACAUUAAUGCCGAUAUUCUAGCAUUGUUAGAGUCAUCCACUCUUGGUUAUUUAGGUAUUCCUAACGGUUCAAUUUCUAUUCCCCUCAAGUUUGAAUAUUUUGGAACUUGUAUAUUACGUCACAUAAACCAUCGCAAAUGUAUAUUAUCGGAUGAACCUCCAAAACCACGGGUUGUUCGCUGCAAUUCAUUUCCAUCUGUUAUAAAGGAUUCUGCGAACGAUAUUUUUGAUAGUCCACACACGAAUACAAACUCAUAUUUGUCAACAUGUCUGUUAUUACAAGAUUUAUAUUUUUCUCACACAUAUUCUUCCAAAGACGUAUACGAAACUGUAUAUACAUGGGAACAAUCGGUAGAUAUAUGGCUACUUGCCAAUUUAAUGUUGGUUUGUACCUGCCAAACUCUAUUCACUCGAUUGUCCAACUUGUUGGCUAAAAGGCUAAAUUCUUGUUCAAAUCAUGAACUAGAUCUUCAUGUUUCAAGGGCUUUGUUCUACAUUCACAAUGCACAUUCUUUUAAGAUGAAUGUGAAGAGCAGGACAAACAUUUACAUUUGCCACUGUAAUGCUACGACUUUCACAUUUGGAACUCGAUGUGGUGCCUGCCUGAAACCAGAGAAUGGGUUAGAAACUCUUGACGACUUUGCAACACCCCCAAAACAAUGGGAAGAGGAUGCAUCCUUGAUAAUUCUAACGUUUAUAGCACUUGACAAUCAUUUGUAUUCUCUGCGCAAUCAUGUUAGAAUAGGGAUAAAGAACUAUCUGUUUGCGACAUAUGUUGCUCAGCAGCUUAUUGGAUUGAUAAUGCCUACUCAGUCUGAUCCCAGCAUUCAAAUUUUGGACAAAAACGCUACCCUAUUUGAUAGCAACACCUUCUUCCUUGAUGCUUUUACACAAGGGUUUGGAAUCAUAUGGAGUUUGUCUAGUCUUUCAAAACAGUCUAUUCUCCCAGAGCACAUUCGCUAUUCAAAAGUUGCCACCGCAUUUCGCGAUGAUUUUGAAUCUGUAGAGGGCAUGCCGAUGGAUAAUGCGUACUUCAUAUUGAUGAUAAUCCAUAAUUAUCACUUGACAGCCUCUGAUCACUGGAACAAAUUACUUAUAUUAUGCUGUUGUGAGGAUACAAUGCUAGUUAUUGAUAUCUUUGGAUGGAUUGUUAAAAAGAAGAAGUUAGGGGGGGCAUACAUUACCACAUCGAUUAAGUUGAUCAUAAACUUCAUAAGCAACUUUCGGCAGAUUGGAAUUUACCACCUCCCUGAUCUUGUUGGUAUUAUAAUAAAAUGUCUUGAUCCGUCGGAUUACAACAUGAGAAUAUUAAUGUUAAGACAUGCAACAUCUGCAUUGUUUUAUCUAGUAAAGAAUAUUCCAAUGGUGGAUUUCCACCAGGACACGCAACGUUUUGCGGUUGGUUCUCAGACCGGUCAUAUAAUAAUUUAUGACGUGAGGACUGCCACAAAGUGGCGAAUGUUUAUGGGCCGCCAAAGUGAAAUAGGGUGCGUAGCCUUUAGUUCUGCAGGAAAUUUUAUUGCGGCGUACUAUGUACGGGUUCCUUGCUUCAUCGUGUGGAAGUGUUCUUCGUCUGGUUUGCUUGGUUCUUUGCUGACCAAUACAUCUAAGGAAUAUAAAGUUGUAAAGUUGAAGGAGAUUUCCAACGCGUCCAUCAGUUUUAAUGAGGUAAUAUACAUCCUUUCUUAA